GCAUAUUUGUACACAAAAAAAAAACAGAGUUGACGUGGCCGCGAAGAGACUGCAUUAAAAAUACAUAUUUCAUCACUGCGAUACAUUUUAAUUUUUGCUAUUUAAAACACACCAGAAAAAUCGAAAUCAUCGAAAUCGACCAGUUCUAAAGUUUAACUUUGUCGUGUCCAGAAAUUUGCAUUCGGAAAAAUGAGUUUAGUCUGGACUUUGAUCGCCGGCUUUCUCUAUGCAGAGAUUGCAUUGGUUUUGCUGCUGGUUCUGCCCGUGGCCAGCCCCUACAGGUGGAAUCGCUUCUUCAAGUCCAAAUUCCUGGCCAUGCUCGCACAGCAGGCGCACAUCUAUUUCUUCUUGAUUAUGGGUGUAUUGGUCUUGUUCUUGUUGGAGGCAAUACGCGAGAUGCGCAAGUAUUCGAACUAUGAGCAGACCGGCGAGGUGCACCUGAACGUGGAGAUGCAGCACAGCAUGCGCCUGUUCCGUGCCCAGCGCAACUUUUACAUCUCUGGCUUUUCGAUUUUCCUGGUUCUGGUCAUCCGCCGCUUGGUAACACUGGUCUCGGCCCAGGCCAAUCUGCUGGCCCAGAGCGAGGCCUCGAUGAAGCAGGCCCAGAGCGCCACGGCUGCGGCUCGUUCCCUGAUGGAGGACAAGAAGACCGAGAAGGCCAAGGAGGCCGGUGAGGACAGCACACUGAAUGAGCUCAACAAGCUGCGCGAGCGCGUCCAGGAGCUCACUUCCGAGCUGAACCGCGAGAAGAAGGACAAGGAGGCUGUCAAGUCGCAGGCCGAGAGCAUCAACCGUGAAUACGACCGCCUCACCGAGGAGUACAGCAAGCUGCAGAAGCAGAUCACCAUCGGUGGCAAGGGAACAACCACUGCCGCCAGCAGCAAGGAUGAUUGAGCACUCAGCAAGAGGCCGAGUCCAAUACUUUAAUACCGAUAAGACUUAUAAACGGCGGUGGGGCACAGCGACAGCAAAAACACACAUUUAAAAAGGAUUAUAAACGAUUAGGAAUCGAAAAAGCACACACAUUAUAAUGUUAAUUCUCAUACCACAACACCACACGCAUUGAUAAAGGUUUAUUGAUACGUGUUGCGAAUUCUCUACAUUAUGUUUUUCUAUGCCUGAUACUGAUACUGUUUGCUUUCUUUCGUACUCUUUGCAUUAAUCAGUAUAUCGUAAGUUUUGUUUUGCCACAGGAUAUAACACAAGCCGUGGCUAAUAAAAUAACAAUUAUAAAACACA